UCACCGUUGGAAAUGAAGCAACACCGCCUACGACCACCAUCAAGACGGGAGCAUUUGUACGGCUCAGUAGAAUUACUGGUCACAUCCGAACCGGAUGGGCAGCAACGGAGUGUCGGUCGUUUCAGACUAGAACCUUCUACAGCACCUCAUCUGGUUCGUUCAUUCAAAAAAUCAUUGUUCUAA